AACAUUUCUUUGAUUUCUUUAUAGAUUCUGGACAACCAGGAAGUCCAAGCCACAAUGAUCCUGCCAAGAAUCCACCAGUGUAUCUUGAGGACAGUUUUGUAAAAUCUGGAGUGUUCAACGUGUCAGAACUUGUGAGAGUGUCCAGAACACCUAUAACCCAAGGAACUGGAGUGAACUUCCCAAUUGGAGAACUUCCGAGCCAGCCAUAUUACCAUGAUAUGAAUUCUGGUAUAAAUCUGCAGAGGUCUUUAUCCUCUCCACCAAGCAGCAAAAGACCCAAAACGAUCUCCAUAGAUGAGAAUAUGGAGCCAAGCCCAACAGGAGACUUUUAUCCUUCUCCAAACUCACCAGCUGCGGGAAGUCGGACAUGGCAUGAAAGAGAUCAAGAUAUGUCUUCUCCUACAAUGAAGAAACCUGAAAAGCCUUUGUUUAGUCCUACUUCUCCCCAGGAUUCUUCGCCAAGACUGAGCACUUUUCCCCAGCAUCACCACCCAGGAAUCCCAGGAGUUGCACAGAGUGUCAUCUCAACUAGAACUCCACCUUCACCUUCACCAUUGCCAUUUCCAGCACAAGCUAUUCUCCCUCCUGCCCCAUCUAGUUACUUCUCUCAUCCAACGAUCAGAUAUCCUCCCCACCUGAAUCCUCAGGAUACUCUGAAGAAUUAUGUACCUUCUUACGACCCGUCCAGUCCGCAGACUAGCCAGCCUAACAGCAGUGGUCAAGUAGUAGGGAAAGUGCCUGGCCAUUUUACUCCAGUUUUGGCACCCUCUCCCCAUCACAGUGCGGUGCGACCUGUGACCCUGACCAUGACAGAUACUAAGCCCAUCACUACAUCCACUGAAGGUGAGGCAUCUUCACCUACAGCAACCACCUACACAGCUUCAGGCACAUCCCAAGCCAAUCGAUAUGUGGGACUAAGCCCAAGAGACCCAUCCUUCCUACACCAGCAACAGCUGAGGAUUUGUGACUGGACCAUGAAUCAAAACGGCAGGCAUUUAUACCCCAGUGCCAGUGAGGAUACAUUGGGAAUUACUUGGCAAAGUCCUGGUACCUGGGCUAGCUUGGUUCCUUUUCAAGUAUCAAACAGGACACCGAUCCUGCCGACAAAUGUCCCAAAUUAUGGUUUGAACAUAAUUGGAGAGCCUUUCCUUCAAGCAGAAACCAGCAACUGAGGGAAAAAAAAAUAAAAAUGAAAAAUUUGGAAAAAGAAAAAAGAGGAAGGAAGACAGGAUGAGAGAAGAACCUGAAGAACGAAGAAAAAAUAGACCAGCAAUUGCAGCACUUACAAUCACUAAUUCCCUUAUGGUCGAAACUGAAAUGACAUACAAAGGGUCGAUGAUAUUUCACUGAUGGGUAGAACGCAGCUCCUGCUAAGUAGCCUUUGUUAUAUGAAGUCCGCUGGGAAAUAGAUGUUCUGUCUCUGACAAUAUAUUUUAACUGACUUUCUAGAUGCCUUAAUAUUUGCAUGAUAAGCUAGUUUUAUUGGUUUAGUAUUCUUGUUGUUUACGCAUGGGAUCACUAUUCCUGGUUAUCUCACAAAACAAAGGCUAGGCAGCAGCAGCAGAUUUGCAGGAGGACAAGGGCUGUAAGCCAGCCAUUUUCUCAACACUCUGAUUUCUAAAUGUUUAAAGGAAAAAAAAAGAAAAAAAAAAAAAAAAGCUCUGUAGCCUUUAGUUAUCAGUAUGGAUUUAUUAAACUUUGGCCCUUGACUCAGCCUUUUCUAGUGUGUUACCCAGCUUGAAAUUUCCAAUCAGAAUGAACACACACCUUAUGUAAGAGAUGCCUCUAUGUAGGUAAAAGUGUUAUCUUUUCAUGCAACAGUAAAAAGAAAAAAAAAAAAAAAGAAAAAAAAAAAAAAAAAAAUGCAAACUUUUUACCCACUAAAGAAACACUUAGAGAGGCAAGUGCAAUUUAAAAGUCGUAUCAAAGGGGUCAUCAUUAUAAGUCCUUCAGCCCUUGGACUCUAAACUGAGGGGAUUAAAAAAGGAAUUAAAAUUUACUUUGAACAAAUUUAUUUUUCCCCUCAGUUUUUGAGGGCAUUAAAAGGCAUUACAUCAAGACAAAUCAUGUCCUUGAGAAAAAUAAAUCAAUGAAAACACAGCACUUAUGAUGGUUUAGCUGCUGCCUCCACAAAAGGGGUAGAAUUUAUUUAUUUAAAGUUACUGGUUGCAUCAAAAACCCAUAGGGUUUAUAUUUUUCUGUAUAAUCUGCAUCAUAGAGACAAAGAGAUAGGCAAAUCCAUGCCAAAAGCGCAAAGCUUACUGUUUACAAACUGGUAAUACCAGGAUGGGGAUAAGAUUUAUUUAAAUAAUGCACUCUCUAAGUCUAAUUACAGGGUGCUGAAAACUUGCAUGGUGCUUUCAGAAGUUAGCCUUGUUCAACAGAUUUCACAUAUUGACAGAAAUAUAAUGUGCAUGGGCAGACAUUUUGCCUCAAUGUCUCUUAAAAAAUAAUUAAUUAAAAUACUCUUUCCAGUAAUCCUGAUUUGCACGAAAAUAUAAUGUCCACAUUACGUGCCUUGCCUUGAAAUCUAAAAAAU